AUGCAUACGCUGCAAUACACUGAUAUGUCGAUUAAGACGUCGCAGUUUUUGCUGAGACUCACGGGAAUGUGGAUGAAGGAAAGCAACACAAAAGAAAGUCGAAGAACAUUCGCCAUGACCUACACUAUUGCGUUGCACAUUUAUGCCCUGUAUAUUAAUUUAACUGAUAUAUACUACACUUGGGGUGACAUGAACCAUUGCUGCUACGAGAUGUCAAAUAUACUGUGCAUUAGCCUGUCACUAUUUAAGACUAUCGCGAUCAGAAUGCGUUGUACGGUUCUAAACGAUAUAAUAAUACUCGCACGACAGAACUUUUGGCACUUUGAGUACGACCACGAGGACCAAAUACUAUUGAGGAAGUGUUGUGAAUUUUGCAAAUUGUGGACUAUAAGUAUAUGUUGUUUCGCGCAAGCCGCUGUGACAUUUUACGUAGUUGUACCGAUCUAUGCAAACAUCGGAAGGAACAAGUCAGACCGGGUACAUCCUAUCAAAAUGUGGUUCGACCUGCCCCUAAGCGAGACACCAUAUUUCGAAAUAGUAUUUGCCACUCAGGUAAUUGCUUUGCAACAAAUUGGCGCCACCUAUGUCUGCCAUUACAAUUUCUCAUGCGUCCUAAACAUGCACGCGAUCUACCAAUUUCGCAUGCUGCAACGCAAGCUGUCGAGCCUGUGGAAGGACUUCGACAAAGAAACGAAUUCUAUCGAUUACACCAAUAAUUGCUAUACAGCCUUGAAGGAGUGCAUCAGGCGGCAUCAACUGCUGAUCAAAUUCUGUGAAAAGCUCAAGUACGUUUACAUGCUACCGAUCCUCAGUGACGUUGUCGUCUUCAGUAUACUAAUGUGCCUCAACACGUACGAGAUUCUUUUGGCAGACGUGUCUAUUUUGACGCGCUUCAUUUCCGUUUGCCAUAUAGCCGGAAAUUUUUCCUACAUAAUUUUCUUCACACAUGUUUGCCACGGUUUGAUAGAAGAAAGCUCAAAUAUCGGCAUGGCAACGUAUUCCGGCUGGUGGUCUGUCUUGCCAAUGACAGAACCUGGCAGAAAGCUACGAAAGGAUAUAAGGAUUAUGAUAAUGAAGUCGUUGCGACCGUGUUACUUGUCCGCUGGCGGAUUCUUUCCUGUGUCUUUGCAGACAUCUAGUACUCUUAUGAGUUCGACACUAUCAUACUUUACACUCAUGAGGGAGUUCUCAAUCAAGAUGGCAAACGAGUAA